UGGCAGCUCCCGCUGGCGAGUAAUAUUGACAUUGACAACGGGAAACUUUCUCCAGGAAGAAUCCCUGGAAAACCCAGUGGGGAUAUUCGAAUGGCAUCUUUCAAACCCACGGUUCUUCAAGCCAAGUCGAAGCUGGCACCCAUUUCUUCCAGGGUCAAUCAAAAUUCUGAAAUGACGCGCAGAAAGAGCUCAACCGAGACGCCAAAAAACAGCUGUAGUGCGCCAGCACACAACCAACGACCAGCAACACGCAUUGAUCUGGGACGCCGUGUUGCGAAUGGUGGGGAUGUGACGGGUCAUGCACGAAACAGACCUAAUUCCUUCAAACUUGUAGCUGAUGAUCACACGGAUAAGGAUUUGCAGGCAAAUGACAGAGGACAGGAUGUGCGAUUCAUUGAUGUGCCAUCUGAAGAUGGCACAUCUGGACAGUCAGACUCAAAAUGCCAAACCGUGUCACCUCAAGAAAUUCUUGAAAUGAGCCAAGAGUCCAAGUAUGCUGAUGUGUAUGAAGUGACUUUGCAUGCAUCCAAUAUUGGCACAGUUCCGAACUUAGAGAAGUUUAGGAAUCUUCGUCUGUUGGACUUGUCCUGUAAUUUCAUUAAACAGAUCACAAAUCUGCAUCACAUGAAGGAUUUGAGAGAGUUGAAGCUGUAUGGAAAUGAGAUCACAUCAGGGAGCAAUCUUGAAAGUCUUGUUGAGCUUCACACUCUUCAACUUCAGCACAACAGAAUACAGAGUUUGGGACAGUGUCUGUCUAGUCUCAAGAAACUCAAGGUGCUGCGACUUGAUAGCAACUGUCUCAGGAAGCUAGAAUCCAGAGAGAUCGCCGCUUGCUCCCAGCUAACAUUUCUUGACAUCAGCAGCAAUAAAAUUGAAACCCUAACUAGUUUAAAUUGUCUAUCAGCAUUGGAAGAGCUACAUGCAACCCACAAUGGUCUGAGAGCUGUGACAGAUCUAAGCAGGUGUAAAAAGCUGAACGAAGUGAAUUUGUCCUACAACAAGUUGACGGACAUCUCUGGCUUGAAGGGACUUCCUCAUGUUACUAUUCUGAAUCUGUCACAUAACAGCCUGACAACGGGUCAUAUGAAGGCCUUGGGCAAAGCAAGGUCCUUACAGAAUUUGGACGUGUCAAACAACCAGUUGGCUGAGGUAACCUGCAUAACGGAACUAUUUCCAUCAUUAGAGGUGCUUAAUGUGAGUGACAACAGGAUUCUAAAGUGGACCUCCAUGUGCUCAUUAGCCAAGUGCAGCAGUCUGUCUGAGCUGUAUUUGUCCGGAAAUCCAUUCUGUGCAGAGGACGGCGAAAAACCUAGUUACCAUCAUGACAUCCAGGCGAUGAUACCUAACCUUGAAAUUUUAGACGGUGCUCACAUGACAAGAAGCUUAAGCAAGUCAGCCCCUGUAAUGAGACCCAUGUCAGCUGUGUCUGCGCUGAGUGCCAGACAGGUUGAGAAUCAGCUGAAGAGUGUUGAGGAGGAUUUGGCAUCAUUGGGAGCAAGUCUUACAGCAAGGUUUGAGAGUGUGCGGUCGACCAUGGACAGUCUGCCCCUAGACCCACCUUCCCCUAGGCCGGGCACAGCGUUGAGUAUACACAGCGUCUCGACGUCGGAUGGCUCUCGACCGGGCAGCAGAUGCAACAGUCGGAACCGGAUCCUAGAGGCGCAAGUUUUCGCAAGCAAAAAUUUUUGACUGCUGAGGUAGCUGUCUUGGCACUUGCACUUCAUUGGAUACCACAAAAAGAACGAUGUGCGACUAAACCAAAAAGCAACAAGGGAAGGCUGUUAAAGUGACUAGAUACAGGAACAUCACAGCGGGCUGGCACAGAAGGCUCUCUGCUUAGCACCUGUGGAGCUUUUUAGGGCUUGGGAAAAUACCAGUGUGCCAGAAAAGACACCCAUAAAGUACUCAAAGGGAGUAUCACAGGCUGGUGUAGUGGUUGUUUCCUCGAGGUUCACCCCUUUGUUCCCGGGUUCAUUUCUCAGCCAGGUCCACACGUGGAUUGGGUUUCCAGUCCCUACCUGAUCCCAUGGGUUUUACUGAGAAUAUUCCGAGGAUUAACCGUUUUCCUGCCACCUCUGAGACUGUAACUGUUUGUCAUUGUCUCCUCGCUGCAGUUUUGUUAGGCUUGCAAGCUACAGUAAUUAGGGUGCUUUAAGAUAUCCUAGUUUGGUUUCAUUACUGGAAAUGUUAAAAUAACUCCCAGACAAACUUACAAAGAAGUGUCUGAAAGUUUAAACCCCCUUCUCAGAAUUUUCAAUUUAAGAAAACUUCAAAGUCGCCAUUGGUACAUUGGUUCAAACAUCAAAUGCGAGGCUCUAUCUAGGACUUGUAGCAGAGCCUACAGAGCACUUAAUCCAGUCCUGGCAAACAGACAGUACGUUCAUCAAGGAACACUGCCUGAUGAAUUUCAGAAAUGCGGGUAUCAAACCUGCUGUCAAUUUAUGAAAAUGCCCCGUUAUUUGGCGAGAGAUGUAAGGGCAGAGAGGGUGGUUGUGUGUUUUGGGGGCCUAAAAUGGCAGCAUCGAGCCGCCGUAUACUCCCCAAGGAGCUGAGGUGAUUCUAGGUAAUGGGCCCAUUGAGCAGGGGUAACCUUGACAUAGCACCCUGAGGACCCUUAACCCCUCUAUGCAAAGAUGCAUUCUUGCCAAAGUUGUCCUAUCAGUCAAAAUCAGUCAAAUGGCCCCCAUGUGUCUCUUUACUGGGGCAAAGCAAGUGGAAGGAAUUUUUAACUGUCUGUGACUGUUGCAGCAAAGGAGGAUUUUUAAUGUGGAGAUGUGCACUUCGCAAAUUAUAUCUCAGGGGUGAGAUUUCUCAGCUUUUUAGCUGUUUUCAGUUUUUUUGUUUUGGAUUUCAGGUUUUUUCCCCUCACUGG